AUGCGGUAUGAAAAUAUACUCGGUUUCUUCUACUCCCAACAAGAUGCUGUGAAGACAUCGCCUGCUACCGCGGCAAUCUUGCUGCUAUCUUUCCUACCGAUCCUCGUCUUCAUCGUCUUCCAAAGGCGCUCUGCCCACUCUGCACGCCCAAGAGGAUGCCGAAAGCUCGGCCUGCCCUCAAAUCGGAGCAACCUGCAAGACGAGUUCGAUCCGAAAUACAGCCAGGGACUUGCGAGCGACCAUGACAACGCAAACGGGGACAAGCAAGCCCCAUGUCGCAUCAAGGCCCUCUUCACUUACCCGAUCAAGAGCUGCGCCGGGGUGGAGCUGGACGUUGCCGACGUUGUCGCAACCGGCUUCGCCUUCGACCGCCAAUUCUGCUUCGCCGAGUACUUCACCCCCAGCGACGAGAAAGCCCAGCCCUACUGGGAUGCGCGCACCCUCCGCAACGGCCACUACAGCCGCCUCGCACUCCUCCGCCCGGAGCUCUGGGUCCCCGACCCCACGGCCCCAGACUACGCGCCGCAUCUCCCCGAAGUCCAGUCGCAGGGCGUGCUGGUCCUCUUCUACCCGCGACCACAGCCACGCGGACGCAGUCCCAGCGCCGUCCUCGCCGCGCGCCUCACCAGCCUCGCCGUCGCCCUUCGCCUCAUCCCCGCAGAGCUCUCGUGCCGUCUCCCGCUCGUGCCGCCGCCAGACACGCCCGACGCCUCCUACCCGGCCGUCCCCGUGCGCAUCUGGAAGGACACCCCCACCGCAUUCGACUACGGUGCCCACCUCCCGCCGUCCCUGCGGGAGUUCCUGGCCCCGCCUGACGUCGCCGCUACCACUGCUGCUGCUGAUGCUACUACUACUACUACAACUCGCCCCCUGACCCUCUUCCGCGUCGACGCCCGCCACCACCGCCGCAUCUUCCGCAAUGCGCCGCCGGCGCGGCAGCUAGGCUUCCAGCCCGUGACGGGCUUCGCGGACGCGUACCCGCUGCAUAUCCUCAACCUGGCCAGCGUGCGGGACGUGGGCGCGCGCUGUGCGGGCGCGAUCCCGCGGCUGUCGGUUCGGCGGUUUCGGGCGAAUAUCGUCGUUGAAGGGCCGGGGGCUUUUGAGGAGGAUCACUGGAGGCGGAUUUCGAUCAAGGGUAAGGGAAAGGGGGACGAGGACGGGGACGGGGAGGGCGGUCGCGGCGUCGAGGUCCAUACCGUCUGUCGGACGUUGCGCUGUCGGCUGCCGAAUGUGGAUCCCGACACGGGCGUGAGGCAUGCGUCGGAGCCGGAUCGCACGCUGAAGAGUUACCGGCGGAUUGACCCGGGGGAUCCGACGAAUGCGUGUCUGGGUAUGCAGUGUGUUCCGGCGGUGCAAGGGAUGGGGUGGGUGGCUAACGGGGUUCUUUUGGUAGAGUUUACGGUGCGCGUGGGCGAUAGGAUUUCUGUGCUGGAGAUUGGGGAGCAUUUCUAUCUCAAGUCGCUGGCCCCCGGGGAGAAGGUCGAGGGUGUCUAG